AUGGUGACCGUUCUCCUCAUCCUCGACGUCCAAAACGGGGUGAUCGACCGCCUCGAGAACACUGAGCCCUACCUUGAACGCCUGGCAUCAAUCGUUACUUCCGCACGCAAGGCAAACGUGAAAAUCAUCCACGUUGUCACUGCCUUCCGUCCAGGCUACCCAGAAAACAACGCAAACAACUCAUCUAUCCCCUCUGUUGUCGCACGUGGUGAAUAUCUUGAAGGCCACUCGUCUGUACAAGUCCACCCAUCUAUCGCACCUGCAUCUGGAGAAGUGGUCCUCACAAAGCGUCGUGUCUCGGCUUUCUUCGCUACGGAACUCGAUAUGCUUUUGCGCUGCGCAAAUGCCCAGUCUAUCGUUGUCGCAGGCUUGAUCACCAGUGGAGCUGUGCUAUCGACUGUUCGCCAGGCAAUGGAUCUGGACUACCGCAUUACGGUCUUGGAGGAUUGCUGCAUGGAUCGUGAUGAGGAGCUGCACCGUGUGUUGAUGGAGAAGGUCUUUGCGCGCAAGACCGAUGUUGUUUCGGCGAAAGAGUGGACUGAAAAGGUUUCCAUCAUGGAUGGGCGCUAG